CCACCGACAAUUCCUAUACUAGGCAACCUUCAUCAGUUUCCCCGAAAGGAUUUACAUUUGAAAUUUCAAGAAUCGACAAGAAAAUAUGGACCUCUCGUGUCGCUCAAAAUGGGUACUCAGACAAUGAUUCUUUGUGGCUCAGACGAAGUAGUCAAAGAACUUAUGGAAAAGCGAAGUGCUACUAGCUCUCUCAAGAUAGACAUGUUUAUCCGUACUUUCGGUGAUAAUCUUAACAUAGCUCUUCGAGACAAUGAUGGAAUUUGGAAAAAACAGCGGAAGAUGUAUGCCACGCGGCUCAAUUCGGGAGGUGCAAAUAACUACAUACCUUACCAG